UUCUCAACUCCUUUUUCAGGAGUGGGCAAGAUUGAAGGAUAGACGGAAGAUUGAAGGAUAGACUGGCGCCGCAGCGCUCGCAUCCGACGCUCCUGGUUGCCAUCUUUAUCUUCCACAAGAACAGGCGUGUAUCUGUGUUAAACCAGCACGAGAGAGACCGCAAUGGCGACCUGCGUACACCCACUGCUGGUCUCGCGAGUAACCUUGGUGGGCAAAUCAUCGUACACCGGCACCCGCAGCUACAUCGCCCUCAAAAACCCUCGUGCCGCCGCCUGCAAACCCCGUCAAUUCACCUUCGUGCAUUCCUCAGGGAUUCUGGUUCAGAAGGAGAGGAUGCUACCACUAAAUGGCGUGCUAAUUAGGUCGAAAAUAUUAUCUCGCGAAGAUAGACGUCUAACUGGUUCUGUCAGGGCAGGACUUUCAAAUGCUAAGCAUGAACCCGGGCCAUCAAGACGUUGCAUUGUUCUCGAUAUUGAAGGAACAACUACUCCAAUAGCAUUUGUCACAGAUGUCCUUUUCCCAUAUGCUCGUGAUAAUGUUCGAAAGCAUUUGAUGUCCACAUAUGACAGUGAGGAAACAAAAUCAGAUAUUAAUCUAUUGCGUGCUCAAGUUGAGGAUGAUCUCAGAGAAGGUAUUUUGGGUUCAGUACCAGUCCCAUCUGACGACGCUGGAAAGGAGGAAGUGAUCGAUUCUUUAGUUGCUAAUGUCGAGGCAAUGAUAAAAGCUGACAGAAAAAUAACCUCCCUUAAAGAAUUGCAGGGUCAUAUAUGGAGGAAAGGUUUUGAAAACAAAGAACUGAUAGCAGUUGUUUAUGAGGAUGUACCUGAAGCUCUUCAGAAGUGGCAUGCUAAUGGCAUAAAGGUUUACAUAUAUUCAAGUGGUAGCAGAGAGGCUCAAAGACUUAUAUUUGGAAAUACUUCUUAUGGAGACUUACGGAAAUACUUGUGUGGGUUUUUUGACACCACAAUUGGAAACAAAAGAGAAUCACAGAGUUAUUAUGAAAUUUCUCAGUCACUUGGAGUGAAUAAACCAUCUGAAGUCUUAUUUGUAACUGAUGUUUAUCAAGAGGCAGUGGCAGCAAAGGCUGCAGGCCUUGAAGUGCUGAUAUCGUUACGUCCUGGAAACGCGCCUGUCCCCGAUAACCAUGGAUUUGCAACGAUAAAAUCCUUCGCAGAGUUAUAAAGUAGAAAUUAUACUUCCUCUCUUGAUUGUUUCUUCUGUUGAGGAAGGAGAAGGUGGAAUUGCAGUUUAAAGAGUCAACUAUCAAUUGCAUUGUAGAGCUUGGAUGGAUUCAAUGCUAAAACUAUGAAGACUUAUAACUCAUCUCAGUUUGCAUUUUGCUGGGGUCA